AAACACCUCCACCUCACCUUUCCAUUAAGAAAGGUCCUUCACUGCUGUGGUGCACCUCUGCUGGGGCGCUGAGGCCAUGGCGGUGCCUUCAGCCCAGGAGUUUCACUGGCAGAGCCUGGCACGACUGUCCAGCGGCCGCGUCUACCACACUCUAUCUGAGGUGGGGGGCCAGAUGUACAUUCUGGGGGGUUGUGAUGCUGGUGGAAGACCUUGCCCAUCUUUGGAGCUUUAUUCCCCUGAGGGGGACCAGUGGAUCAGCUUGCCUCCGAUGCCCACUCCUCGAGCUGGUGCAGCUGUGGCAGUUCUUGGAAAGCAAAUCUUGUUGGUGGGAGGAGUAGGAGAAGAUCAGAGACCCUUGAAGGUUGUGGAGAUGUACAACACAGAUGAAGGGAAGUGGAGGAAGAGAAGUAGCUUGCGGGAGGCUCUGAUGGGUGUGUCCAUUAUUGUGAAAGAUGCCCGGGCUCUGGCUGUGGGGGGAAUGGGUGGUGACCUCCUCCCUCGAAGCAUCCUGCAGCAGUAUGACCUUCGAAAGGACAUGUGGGCACAACUUCCACCCAUGCUGACUCCACGCUAUGACGCCAACACACAUUUACUGGGCAGCAAGGUCUAUGUAGCAGGUGGCCGUCAGUGUAAACGACCAGUAAAGGCGUUUGAAGUGUAUGACUCAGAGACACGUUCAUGGACUACCCUACCCACAAUGCCAUGUAAGCGUUCAUAUGGGGGCAUCAUAUGGGAUCCAACUGGGAGGCUGUGUCUGUUAGGAGGACUGCGCCAGGGAGGAGGACACCAGACUUCCAAGUUUACCAAGAACGUCAACAUUUUUGACACCAACCAAGGUGUCUGGUUGAAGUCAGAGGACACGGUGGCGAUGAAAACCAAGAGAGCUGACUUUGUCGCUGCAUUCCUCAGAGGCCGGAUGAUCGUAGCAGGGGGACUAGGUCACGAGCCUUCAGCACUAGACACAGUGGAGGCCUUUCAUCCCCAGAGGAAAAAGUGGGAGCGGUUGGCUCCUAUGAACUUCCCUCGAUGCUCAGCCUCUUCUAUCGUCAUCAGAGACCGCCUUCUUGUGGUAGGAGGCGUCAACCAGGUUCCCAGCCCGGCCCAUGAGAUUCUCUAUGUGAAGGAAGAGGAGUGUCUGUAGUGCGGCAGUUCCACAUUUGA